GGAGCUCUGGCUUGGAUUGAGAGAUCUCGUCUCAGUAAAUAAGAUAGAAGAGUGAUCAAGGGCGAGUCUAGAGAUCAACUUCAGACCUUUGUGUGCGUUUUAACACAUGAGUACAUGCAAACAUGCAUUCACAUACAUGAAAAUGAAAAAAGAUAAAAAGGAUAUAUUCAGUAAGGUGAGCUGUUUCCUAAUAUGGGCAUUUCUGCACUGAACUUCUGGCUCAGUGGCUACCAGUGACAUCAUAAAGUAUGUUGUAACAAAGACCUCUCAAGGAUAACUACAGGAGCGGGUGAGAAGGUUGGUUAUUUGAAGAGACUCAACCCAGCAGAAAGGUGCAGCUGAGCUCAAACCAUCACAAAAAGGCACCAUGGCUAGGAAGAAGCAGAGACAACGGAACAUAUCUCGCUCAAGGAGAGCAGAGCUUCAGUUUCCUGUUAGCCGAGUAGACCGCUUCCUACGAGAAGGGAACUAUUCUAGGCGCCUAAGCUCUUGUGCACCUGUUUUCCUUGCGGGUGUUCUGGAGUACCUGACGUCCAACAUCCUUGAACUGGCUGGUGAGGAGGCCCAUACCAGUGGCAGGAAGCGCAUCACUACUGAGCAUCUGUGCCGAGUGGUACAGAACAACGACCAGCUCCACCAACUUUUCAAAGAGGGCACCAAAUCUGUGUUUGAGUCAUCAGAACCAGAUGAGAACUGAGAAUGCUUGGGUUUCAAGAGUCUGAAGAUCCACCACACCUUCAGCCUCAAUCAGCUCCAUUGUCCUACUAAGUGGGGGAGCUAAUCAAACAUGCUAUUAAAGCAUCUAAACCAAA